UUCCCCCUCAACCCACAAUCCUUGAAGCCCUCUUCCUCUCAGAAUGAAGCCCACAUUCUUCAUUCCCCUCAUCUUCCUCCUCUUGUCCCAAUUCCUACCUCUGAACCUCUCAAUUGCACUCUCCCUCUCUCUACUCCUCUUCUCUAUCUUCAAGUCCAGCGCUAGGGACUCCAACCUUCCACCCGGCCCGCUCGCCCUCCCCCUCUUCGGCAACUGGCUCCAAGUCGGGGACGACCUCAACCACCGCUUCCUUGCGUCCUUGGCCCAAAAGUACGGCAACGUCCUCCUCCUAAAGCUCGGCUGUCGGAACCUCGUAGUGGUCUCCGACCCCCAGCUCGCGACCCAUGUCUUGCACACACAAGGCGUCGAGUUCGGGUCCCGGCCGAGGAACGUGGUCUUCGACAUCUUCACUGGCAAAGGCCAGGACAUGGUUUUCACAGUCUAUGGUGACCACUGGAGAAAGAUGCGUCGUAUAAUGACCUUGCCUUUCUUCACAGCCAAAGUGGUUCAAAACCACAAGGAAGAGUGGGAGAAUGAGAUUGAUUUGGUAGCAAGAGAUUUGGAAAAGGAUUCUAGGGUGAGAGAGGAAGGGAUAGUGAUUAGAAAGAGGUUGCAAUUGAUGUUGUAUAACAUUAUGUAUAGGAUGAUGUUUGAUUAUAGGUUUGAGGCCAUGGAUGAUCCUUUGUUUUUGCAAGCCACAAAGUUCAAUGCUGAGAGGAGCCGUUUGGCACAGAGCUUUGAUUACAAUUAUGGAGAUUUCAUCCCCUUGCUUAGGCCAUUCCUUAGGAGUUAUCUCAACAGGUGCAAAGAUUUGCAGAGCAAGAGGCUGGCGUUUUUCAACAAUUACUUUGUUGAAAAUAGAAGGAAAGUAAUGGCUAAGAAUGGUGAAAGGCAUCAGAUAAAGUGCGCUAUCGACCACAUAAUUGAAGCUGAGAGGAAAGGGGAAAUCACUAGUGACAAUGUUCUUUACAUUGUGGAGAACAUCAAUGUGGCCGCCAUUGAGACCACCCUGUGGUCCAUGGAGUGGGCGCUGGCCGAGCUCGUGAACCACCCCCGGGUCCAAGCCAAGCUCCGCCACGAGCUCUCGACUGUCCUUGCCGGAAAACCCGUCACCGAGUCCGAUCUCGACAACCUCCCUUACUUGCAAGCUGUGGUAAAAGAGAGCCUCAGGCUCCAUACCCCAAUCCCCCUCUUGGUCCCCCACAUGAACCUUGAGGAAGCAAAACUUGGAGGGUACACAGUCCCAAAAGAGAGCAAGGUGGUGGUUAAUGCUUGGUGGCUAGCCAAUAAUCCAGCUUGGUGGCAAAAUCCCCAAGAAUUCAGGCCCGAGAGGUUCUUAGAGGAAGAGAAGAAGACUGAGGCAUUGGUGGGGGGCAAAGUGGACUUCAGGUUUUUGCCUUUUGGAAUGGGCAGAAGAAGUUGUCCUGGAAUCAUACUGGCUUUGCCAAUUCUUGGUCUGGUUGUUGGAAGGCUAGUGAGUGAAUUUGAGUUGCUUCCACCUCCCGGAGCCGAGAAGGUGGAUGUUAGCGAGAAGGGGGGCCAAUUCAGCCUCCACAUUGCGAACCACUCCACCGUAGUGUUUCGACCUCUGGAGGCCUGAACCAGUACUCUGAAACUCGGCCGAGUCCGAUCACAAAUUAUAAGGAAGUAGUAGAGUUUGUUGCCCGUGAAUUCUUUGCAUUUGCAUCUCCCAUUGUCUCUGUUUCAUGUUGAGGUUCCCUUAUUUAUUUAUUUUCAGACUUAUUUGAUAUGUGGAAAGGUGUAAAUCCUUUUGAUAAGACAAAGAAAUAAAAAGUGCAGUGAUUUAUAUUCUUCUUUU